ACGCGAGAUUUUACGAGAAGAUAAGUUGAGGGAACAUGGCGACGUCUAAUUUGCUAAAGAACAAAGGCUCCCUUCAGUUUGAGGAUAAAUGGGACCUGAUGCGGCCCAUCGUGCUGAAGCUCCUGCGGCAGGAGUCCGUCACCAAACAACAGUGGUUUGACCUGUUCUCAGACGUCCAUGCUGUUUGCCUGUGGGACGACAAAGGUCCAGCCAAGAUCCACCAGGCUCUGAAAGAGGACAUAUUAGAUUUCAUCAAACAAGCACAAGCACGGGUGCUGAGUCACCAGGAUGACACAGCACUUCUAAAGGCCUACAUUGUGGAGUGGAGGAAGUUCUUCACUCAGUGUGACAUCCUGCCCAAACCUUUCUGCCAGCUGGAGAUCACUCUGAUGGGCAAGCAGGGAAGCAACAAGAAGUCCAACAUGGAGGACAGCAUAGUCCGCAAGCUCAUGCUGGACACGUGGAACGAGUCCAUCUUCUCCAACAUUAAAAACAGGCUACAAGACAGCGCGAUGAAGCUGGUCCAUGCUGAGAGGCUGGGAGAGGCCUUCGACUCCCAGCUGGUCAUCGGAGUACGAGAGUCUUACGUGAAUCUAUGUUCCAACCCUGAGGACAAGCUUCAGAUCUACAGGGACAACUUUGAGAAGGCUUACAUGGACUCUACAGAGAGGUUCUACAGAACACAGGCGCCGUCCUACCUCCAGCAGAACGGGGUCCAAAACUACAUGAAAUAUGCGGAUUCAAAGCUGCGGGAAGAGGAGAAUCGGGCUCUGAGGUACCUGGAGACGAGACGUGACUGUAACUCCGUACAAGCAUUAAUGGAGUGUUGUGUCAAUGCACUCGUAACGUCGUUCAAGGAGACCAUCUUGGCUGAAUGUCCUGGCAUGAUCAAACGAAAUGAGACAGAGAGUGAGUACAGCAGGACUGCUCCCACCAGCAGCUCAGCCAGCUCAGAGUUGCAUCUGAUGUUCUCUCUGAUGGACAAAGUUCCCAGCGGCAUCGAGCCCAUGCUGAAGGACCUGGAGGAGCACAUCAUGAGUGCGGGCCUGGCAGACAUGGUGGCUUCAGCAGAGACCAUUACCUCUGACUCAGAGAAAUACGUGGAGCAGCUCCUCACCCUGUUUAACCGCUUUAGCCGGCUGGUGAAAGAGGCCUUUCAGGACGACCCCCGCUUCCUGACAGCAAGAGAUAAAGCAUAUAAAGCUGUUGUGAAUGAUGCAACAAUAUUUAAAUUAGAGCUUCCUAUGAAACAGAAAGGAGUUGGAUUGAAAACUCAGCCAGAGUCCAAGUGUCCAGAGCUGCUGGCCAACUACUGUGACAUGCUCCUGAGGAAAACCCCGCUUAGUAAAAAGCUCACCUCUGAAGAAAUUGAGGCCAAGCUCAAGGAAGUGCUUUUAGUCCUGAAGUAUGUCCAAAACAAAGAUGUGUUCAUGCGCUACCACAAAGCCCACCUGACCCGCCGUCUCAUCCUGGACAUCUCAGCUGACAGCGAGAUCGAGGAGAACAUGGUGGAGUGGCUCAGGGAAGUAGGAAUGCCAGCUGACUACGUCAACAAACUGGCCCGGAUGUUUCAAGACAUCAAGGUGUCGGAGGACCUCAACCAGUCCUUCAAAGAAAUGCAUAAACAUAACAAGCUAGCUUUACCAGCUGACUCUGUCAACAUAAAGAUCCUGAAUGCUGGAGCGUGGUCGAGGAGCAGCGAGAAGGUUUUUGUUUCUCUUCCCACUGAGCUGGAGGAUUUGAUACCAGAGGUGGAGGAUUUCUACAAGAAGAACCACAGUGGGAGGAAGCUGCACUGGCAUCACCUCAUGUCCAACGGCAUUAUAACCUUUAAGAACGAGGUGGGUCAGUAUGACCUGGAGGUGACCACUUUCCAGCUGGCUGUGCUGUUCGCAUGGAAUCAGAGGCCGAGGGAGCGGAUCAGCUUUGAGAACCUGAAGUUAGCUACUGAGCUGCCCGAUGCAGAGCUGCGACGCACUCUCUGGUCUCUGGUGGCGUUCCCUAAACUGAAGCGGCAGGUGUUGUCGUACGACCCAGUGGUGUCUUCACCCAAAGACUUUGCAGAAGGAACACUAUUCUACGUCAACCAGGAGUUUUCUCUCAUAAAAAACUCAAAGGUCCAGAAAAGGGGGAAGAUCAACUUGAUUGGUCGACUGCAGCUCACCACAGAGCGCAUGAGGGAGGAGGAGAACGAGGGCAUCGUUCAGCUCAGGAUACUAAGAACACAGGAGGCCAUCAUCCAGAUAAUGAAGAUGAGGAAGCGCAUAAACAACGCCCAGCUGCAAACGGAGCUGGUGGAAAUCCUAAAGAACAUGUUUUUACCACAGAAGAAGAUGAUCAAGGAACAGAUUGAGUGGCUGAUAGAUCACAAGUACAUAAAGCGGGAUGAGACUGAUAUAAACACUUUCAUCUACAUGGCAUAGCACCGCACAGUAGGAUGGCUGAUGUUGACUUUGGUUCCAGUGGAUCAGGCCUGAUGGACGAUAGAAUACUUCCAGGCUUCCCGUCCUCUUAUGUAAAAGAAAAAUAAAUCUACUCAAGUGCAGGGAGGAAUGAAUUUAAGACUGAGACCCGUUCUAAAAGAGUUAAACUUCCUGCCUUAAACUUGUAUAAAGAAACCAAGUGGGUGUUUUUAGGCGAGGGGGGAGUUUUCUUUGCUGUCCACAUGAGGCUGUUAGAUGUCAGUGGUCUGUUUCUUCUUUUUUUGAUGCCAUGAUGUCUCAUUUGGGCAGUGGCCACCACACUCCUGAUCAAUGCUUGCACAAGUCUGAAGGCAUGCUGACGGAGGACCUCAACAUACCUGCAGUCCACUUUUAAUCCAGAACACUUGAACAAAAGCGCUGCCCUCUUUUCCUCCGAGCAGCGCUGCUGUCAGCCAGAUUCCCGGUUUAGCAUCAAACACUUAAUCUGGACAUUCACGGUGUAUAAAAAGCCAGACCAAACAUAACGUCUCUGUCUCUGGGUAAACAUCAGGGUGUGGGGCUAUCAGCGGUGCCCCUCCACCGGUUGCACCUAGGGACAGAGGUGGUGUUGAAGUUGGAGGUCAGCUCGUGUUGGAAGCAGGAGUCCUGGGAGAGGAGGCCGAGGUCAGUAUUACAAAAUACUACAGUUCAAAGCUAUGACCGAGUGUAAGAUGAGAUGUGAAUAAUGGAAUGAAUAAAUAAACAGCACCUUAUUGUAA